UGAGGUGGUGAAAACUGUGGAGCCAAGAGAUCCAGCUUCAGAGCCAUGGAAGUUCAUGGUGGGAUUUGAGGCUGGUCACCCUCUUUCUCGGCCCAGCCUUCUUCAUCGGGCGUGGUUGUUGUAGUAAAAAGAUUGAGGAGUACACCGUCUUCAGCUCCUGGAAGAAAGGUCAUCCUACUACCUUCUUCUGCUCUGAUCCCAUGGACCAAGGAUGGAUCAUUGGUGCCCCAGAGUUGGGGGUAGGCAUGGACAAGCAACAGGGGUGUUAGCCAGUGGACGUUGAAUCAACAAUCAAAUCAUUUUUUCCACUGGCAAAAGGGCCCACCUUGAGCGCUGAUGCAUAUUGAACAUAGUGGAAUGCUCUGAUGCAGAAGGACAACAAGCUUUCAUGGAAAAAUAAUGUUCCUGUUAGGAUAACCUUCUUAUAUUAAUAAAUCCACAACCAUCAUGUUGCCUGAUGAAGUCAUAGAUCCAACAGCAUCACCUUUUUUUCUGGUUGAAGGAGCCGAAGUUGAAGAAGUUGAAAAUUUAGUGUGGAGCACCCUCUACCUACCUCUGCCAGCAAGUCUAUCCUUCUCUAAGUGAUGUCUUCUCAAACAGAUUGACCCAGAUCCAGGCCCUAGGCUGUAAGGAAGGCAAGGAGUGAUAUUUCUCAUUUCUUCACCGCAUUCUUUUACUGCACCAGAUUUUCCUGUUUCUGCAAGGAGGAUGAGUGCAUGCUAUGCUUGACAAGAGAGACAGAGUCUUGGUGUGACAUCAGAGAAGCAACAUGGCUAACCAGCUGUCAGAGGAACGAAUUGCAGAGUUCAAAGAUGCCUUCACACUCUUUGAUGAAGAUGGGGAUGGGCUGAUUACCAUCAAAGAGUUGGGAACUGUGAUGCAGCCUCUUGGGAAAAAUCCAGCAGAAUCUGAAUUGCAAAGUAUGAUCAGUCAGUUAAAUGCCAACAUCAAAGGCAAGGUAGACUUCCCAGAGUUUCUGUCACUGAUGGCCAAGAUGGCACGGGAUUCCAACAGUGAGGAAGAGAUCCAAGAGGCCUUUUGCGUGUUUGAUAGAAAUGGAAACACCUUUACCUUUACCUGCUUCAACACUGCAGAGCUGCGACACAUCCUGACCGUCGUUGGUGAGAAGCUGACAAACGAAGAGGCUGAGAAGUUGAUCAAGGAGGUGGACAAAAAAGGGGACAGGAAGGUGAACUAUGAAGAAUUUGUACGAAUAAUGAUGGAGAAGUAAUGACAAGCGUAGCUGAGAAUUUGGUUGGAGGCGAGCUGUAGCUUGUCGCUUCUUGGAAUUUUCCACCCCCAAAGAUGUGCUCUUUCUCCACCCCCACCUUCUCCAAAAAAAUCAGAGAUUCCUCCUCAGGUUAAAGAACUUGAUUUGCAAACUGAGAACUGGAGGAGCUGAUGAAGACCUUUUGUCUGCAAUUCUUGGUAGCAAAACUGGAUGCACACCCAAGAGGAACCUCGGCAAGCACCAGCGCUGAACUUAGCUUGGAGAUGAUGCUCUCUUAGCCUUGAAUGGGAAAUAAAAACACACUCUUUCUGUUGCA